GAACAAAGUCCUAACCUAUCCUGCACGCACCAACACACACACACCAGCACACACACACACCAACACACAAACACACACACACACGCCAGCUCAAACACCAAGAAACACUCUCACCAUCCUCUCACAGUGCGAGAAGGUCCUGCUCCGCCACACCUCCCGUUUCCUGUCUCCUGGGGGCCAUUUCCUGUCAGGGCAUCAUGAGUGUGGACACCAAGCCACGGCGGAAGGCCUGCUGCUCCAAGCUCAAGCUCUUCCUGGCGGCGCUGUCCUUUGUGUACUUCGCCAAGGCGUUCGCCGGCGGCUACAUGAAGAGCUCGGUGACGCAGAUCGAGAGACGCUUUGACAUCCCCAGCUCCCUCAUCGGGGUCAUCGAUGGCAGCUUCGAGAUCGGUAACCUGCUGGUGAUAGCCUUUGUGAGCUACUUCGGGGCGAAGCUCCACCGGCCGCGGAUCAUCGGGGCGGGCUGCCUCGUGAUGGCCAUGGGCUGCUUCCUCACCGCCAUGCCACACUUCUUCCAGGGACACUAUCAGUACGAGACAAGCAUGUCCCAUAGUUUGGACAACGCCACAGAGAGCAUCCUGCCCUGUCUGACCAAUCACAGCACAGUCGUGGACACCGACAUGCACUCUGAGAAGUCCAGAGCAGCGUGUGAGAAGGAGGCGGGCUCGUCCAUGUGGGUGUACGUGUUCCUUGGUAACAUGCUGCGCGGCAUCGGGGAGACCCCCAUCACCCCCCUGGGAGUAUCCUACCUGGACGACUUCUCCCGCGAGGAGAACACCGCCUUCUACAUCGCAUGCAUCCAGACGGUGGGUAUCCUGGGGCCCAUGAUGGGCUUCAUGUUGGGGUCCUUCUGCGCUAAGGUCUACGUGGACAUCGGCUCCGUGGACCUCGACGCCUUGACCAUCAACGACCAGGACUCUCGCUGGGUGGGCGCCUGGUGGCUGGGCUUCCUGGUCACCGGCGUGGUCAUCCUGAUGUCCGCCAUCCCCUUCUUCUUCCUGCCCAAGUCCAUGGCCAAGCAGGGCGAGGAGGAGGAGGAGGAGGAGGAGGAGGAGCGCGGCCGCACCGGCAAAGGGUCCAACAUGGAGCACGAUAACUUCCUCCCAGGGGAGAAGGCGAGGGCGGAGAAAGAGGAGGAGAAAGAGGUCAACUUCUCAGAGUUGGCUAAAGACUUCCUGCCGUCGCUGCGGAGGCUGUUCAGUAACCGCGUGUACCCCCUCAUCAUCCUCACCUCCCUGGUGGCCGUGAACGGCUUCAUCGGCAUGAUCACCUUCAAGCCCAAAUACAUGGAGCAGAUCUACGGCCAGUCCGCCUCCAAGGCCAUCUUCCUCAUAGGGAGCAUGAACCUCCCGGCGGUGGCCCUGGGUGUGAUCACGGGGGGUCUGAUCCUGAAGAGGUUUCGUCUGGGCGUGGUGGGCGCGGCCCGCAUGGCCCUGGGGACCUCCAUCACCUCCUUCCUCCUCCUCUUCAUCCAGUUCUUCAUCCACUGCGACAACGCAGAGGUGGCCGGCCUCACCGUCUCCUACCAGGGGCUCCCCGCGGUGUCCUACCAGCCCGUCUCCAUGGUGUCGGGGUGCAACAUGGGCUGCUCCUGCUCGCUGCGCCACUGGGACCCGGUGUGCUCCUCCAACGGCCUCAGCUACGCCUCCCCCUGCCUGGCCGGCUGCCAGACCUCCACCGGGGCGGGCAAGGAGAUGGUGUUCCACAACUGCACCUGUGUGGGCGAGAUGCUGCGGCCGGCGGGCAACAGCUCGGUGGUGCUGGGCCAGUGCCCGCGGCACGGCAACUGUGACUACAUGUUCAAGCUCUACAUGGGCUUCACUGUGCUGUUCGCCUUCGUGUCCGCCUGCGGAGGAACGCCCGGGUACAUCGUCCUGCUCAGAUCCAUCCAGCCGGACCUCAAGUCCCUGGCUUUAGGGAUGCAGACCCUGAUAGUCCGGACCCUGGGUGGGAUCCCGCCUCCCAUAUACUUUGGGGCGCUGAUUGACAGGACGUGUCUGAAGUGGGGGACCAAGCGAUGCGGGGGCCGGGGCGCCUGCCGUCUCUACGAGGCCAACGCCUUCAGGAUGACCUUCCUGGGCCUGAUCUACUCGCUGUACCUGGUGGCCAACCUGCUGUGGUGCGCCCUCUACUACCGCGUGGUGCAGCGCGCCCGCAAGGCGUCGCUACGGAAACAGGCCAAGCUGCAGCAGAACGGACAGACAGACGGGCCGACGGCGCGACCGGCCAGCGUCGUAAUGGGGGACCGGGGCGACGCCGACCGGGAGAGCACCAUCUAACCCCGCCCCCGUCGUCUCCCCCGUCCCGGACCGAGCUCUCACCACAGGGGGUCUGUCGAAGGGCUCGCCGCGGGGAUAUGAAAACGGGCCGCCCACCCGGCCCCACACCCCUCCUUGAUGUACACUUCGGGGUCUCACUGAGCCCAGACCCCCUCGGACCCCCUGGAGGGACACACAGCUCUCACACGUCUUAUCACGUCGUGAGGUUUAUAAAUAACACACUUCGAUUUCAGAUAAAAAAUAGAAAACUAUACAAAAAAUAUGAUGCAUAUAUAUAUAUAUGGAGUUAUAUAUAUAUAUAUAUAAAUGAUUUACGUGCUUCAUUUUUUCAAACCCCCCCCAUACAACAUCGCCGAAGCUACGUGAGACCAUGGGUUACCCCAGUUACCCCAGUAUCACCAGUUACACAAGUAUCACCAGUAUCACCCGUUACACAAGUUAAACCAGUAUCACCAGUUACACCGUUACCUCAUUACACUAGUUACACCAGACACACAAGUUACGCAAGUUACCCAAGUUACCAGGUCCCACUCAGCCGCUGGACUGUUGCCUGAUUGGCCUUAUUGUUUCACUAUGAAAUCUGUAUCCAUACACGUUUGUUUUUGUCAGUAUUAAUAUAUAAAACACCAAUAUCAUAGCUUAGCCUGAUUGAACCUAUAUUUUUUGCUCUGUAAAAAAACUGUUUAUAUUUGUAUGUAUCUGGUAUUAAAUGACAUAAAGAGUAACAAACAUUAUUA